AUGCUUUUCUCCGUCCUCGCCUUUCUUGUAUUAUGCCCCGUCGUGCUUGGCGCCAUAUAUGAAAGCUAUGACAGCCUUCCCAAGAAAGAUUUCCAUUAUAUCAUCGUCGGAGGCGGGACGGCAGGCAAUGUACUUGCCAAUCGUUUAACCGAAGAUCUGAAUGCCUCUGUUCUUGUUCUCGAAGCGGGCGAAUCAACAGCAGACGUCCUUCUCUCGCAGGUCCCGUUCUUUUCUCCUCGUGCAAUAAAAUCAUCAUUAGAUUGGAACUUUACCACCACUGAGCAGCCAGGAUUGAACCGACGGUCUAUCCCAUACCCUCGUGGAUACGGUUUGGGAGGAAGCAGCGCCAUCAAUUCUAUGUUCUAUACCCGUGGUUCCUCGCAAGACUAUGACCGUUACGCUCGGAUCAGUGGUGACCCGGGAUGGGGAUGGGACGCUCUACGACCGUAUAUUCGUAAGAAUGAACGUUUCCUCACUCCUGCCGACCAUCACAAUGCUACCGGCAAGUUCAACCCCAAGGUCCAUGGCUUCAAUGGAGUCACGUCCGUCUCUCUGCCCGAAUAUCCGCGUGCCACGGACGACCGCGUCAUUCAAACAACGAUGGAUCAUGCUAGCGAGUUCCCGUUCAACUUGGAUUAUAAUUCCGGGUACCAGCUGGGUAUUGGAUGGGCACCCUUAACGAUUGGAAAUGGUACUAGAAGCAGCUCACAGACGUCGUAUCUCGGUCCUGAGUUCAUCGACCGACCAAAUCUGCAUGUCUUGAUUCGCGCCCGUGUUACCCGGAUUCUCCAAAGCAAGAACAACAAUGCAUCGCCCUACCUACCCUCAUUUAUCGCCGUUGAGUUUACUCAGGAUGCUGGAGGCAAAUCAUCAUCCAAGGCAUUUAACCAAGCACAGAUCAUUCUCUCUGCCGGAUCCAUCGGCACACCGCAUAUACUCCUUCAUUCUGGUAUAGGUGAUAGCGACCUCCUUUCAGCUCUAGGAAUUACUUCCAUUGUUCACCUCCCCGAUGUUGGCAAGAACUUGUCGGACCACAUCCUAUGGGACAUCCCCUUUAUCGUUACCGACCCCAAUACGAUCGACAACAUUUAUUACAGAAAUACUACUUUCCAAGCGGAGGUUUUGGCCGAGUGGCAAGCCAAUCGAACAGGCUUUUUGACAGCGGGUUCGGCAAACCAGUUAGCCUUCCUUCGUAUCCCCGAUACUGCCAAAGUUCUGAAUGAAGAACCGUCCGCGGGGAAUGAAACGGCGCAUUACGAGCUGGCCUUUUUGAACGGUCUUGUCAAUGGUCCUACCAACGCCGGGAACUUCUUUGUAGUUGUAUCCUCACUUCUUUGUCCUUUGUCGCGCGGGGAUGUUACCAUCAACAGCUUAAACCCAUUGGACCCACCGCUGAUCAACCCGAAUUAUCUCUCACAUCCACAAGACCUCGCUGUCAUAAAGUACGCUAUCGAGAGUGUGAAGAGGUUUGUCAAUAUCACGGCGUGGGAAGGAUAUAUUCUCGAGAUGGCGACGAAUACCACCGAUGAUGAUAUCAAGAAUAGGGCAUCAAGCGUAUAUCAUCCGGUUGGCACUGCGAGUAUGUCCCCGGUUGGUGCCGACUGGGGUGUGGUUAACCCGGAUUUGACGAUGAAGGGCGCGAUGGGAGUGAGGAUUGUGGAUGCUUCGGUUUUGCCGUUCGUGCCUGCAGGACAUACUAUGGCGCCGGUGUAUGCCUUUGCGGAGAGGGCAGCGGAUUUGAUCAAAGCUAGCUCGGCGAAAAGCAGCGGGUACUAG